GUCAAGAUGGGCUCGAGAGGCAGCGCGCUCAGCGUGCAGAACGUCCAGGACUUGAUCAAUCACAUCGCUCUGCCGCCUCAGUUGCCACAGACCGCAGAGCUCGACUCAUCCACUAUCAACAGGAACCUUUUGCACCUUGUGCAGGAUGUUACAAAAACCUUCAACCACCGCGCCUGUACUGCCUGGACUCCAGUCUCAAAAAUGCUUGCGAUGCUGGACCAUACCGAGCAAGCAAAAUCACUACGCGACGAUCUUCUCGGCGCUUACUUGGUUGCAUUGAACCCUGGUGAUUGUUUCGCCCUACAUCUUCCGCUACACAAUUCUGCUGUCUUGAUGUUGCGCAAGGAUUCCGAGACUAUCGUCGUAGAGACUUUCGAGGUCUCUUCGACCAACGACAGCGUCAUGAGCACGCAGGGUCGACUCAUCAGAACCUUUCCCGGACGAGCCGUAGCCUGUCCUUCGAGCGAAUUUUUCGACCCAUCUUUCCAGUCGCAAUUGCAGCUCGCGCUUCGUAGACUUGCCACUGAAACACCUACGGCGAACUACCACCCCACUUCAACAAAGUCUGGUGCCAUAUUACAUGAAGAACGAGACACGACUCAUCCUGGCUUCGUGAACGAUUAUCUCAUGACCAUCUUGAGUGUGAUUGGCAAGGACCAUGCCUCGAUCACCACGGACAAACGUGUGCGUGAUGACAUUCUUUGGCAGAAGACCAAUCAACCUUGGCGUAGAGCACCCUUUUGGCUCUUCCUCAAGGUCGCUGUGCUGCGAACGCUUUCGACCAGCUUGAGUCCUGCAAAAGCUCGUGAGAAGUACAAACAGCUGAUGGUCGGGGUCGUUUCUCGUCUGUUACAAGAUGCCUGUAAACUGCCAGUCGGUCCCAGUAUGCUCUCCGUCGUUCACGCCAAACUCGCAAGACGUACAUUCAAGUUUGAGCAAGCAUAUGGUGGAUUCAGUGAUCUUGCUAUCCAAGAUGUUUCUAAGCAGGCUCGAGAAGUCCUUGAACAAAUCUGGUCGCGCCAUGCCGGCAAACACAACACUAUCGAACGACUUCCUGGGACUGGAUGGGAAAAUGACACAUACUUGUCUUUGACGUCCAGUGCUCGGCAGGCAUUGGGUCAAGCUAUUGCCCCUCUUACUUCGCCCAAGCAGUCAUCGGCGUUUGUGUCAGAGUCCCCGCAACGUAUUGCCGAAGAACCUAGCAAGCUUCCAUCGUUUACCGCACUACGAAGUGUCAAAUACUUGCUCACAGCACUCACCGAUGUUGAGCUUUGGGUGGAGANNAAACACCUUCAUGCCUGGACAGCGCUUCAACUGAGUUCUGGCAGUACUGCUGCUUGUAGUGAGUUGGCGACACUUAUCGAAAGCUACUGGAACCAUGCUUCUUCCGAGUACAAGAACAGCCCACUCGAGAAAUCUAACGCCUUGCUCGUUAUCACGGAACUUUGGGUCACCCUUGACAAGAUUUGUACUCUGGAUCUUCCUCUCUUGCUGGAAUAUCCUCCAGAGGUACCUACGGUUCCCUUUCAGUGCCUCUUGCUGCCCAAGAUCCAGCAAAUGCAACGUUUAUCUGUCGUGGAACUAUAUAUCAACCAACGCCUUUCUCAAGCUUCCCGUCCUGCGCACGGUGCCUUUAAGAAUCUCACUGCGCUCAGCUUUUCCAACCGCUACUAUGACCAAACACCUUCACUCCAGCGAUUGCGCGCCACAAUUGUGGAGGAGGAUAGAAAACGCAAAGUCGCGAAGACUCAGCAGCUCGACAGAGAGAUGACGAAGUACAACCAGCUCAUGACUGCGGUCGCCAACAUGGAAUGCGAUCAGUUUUGGAACCGCAAAGGCUACCAAUACCAUGCCAAAAACCGUUGCCGCAAGUGUCUAAAAAAGGACAAGGCGAGCGCGAUGAGAAUCGAUGGCUUCGAAGAAUCACUUCCUCAAAACGAGGUACAAUUCAAAGCUGCCAUAUUUGAAAUGAAGAUUCCUCAGUCCUUUGCUGCUUGGAGAGAUGCAACUUGGCUCGUUCUCAACGACAUGGGUCAGACCCGCCAUCCAUCUGACCAGGUCUACGUUACGUUGUCCGAGUACAACCAACUGAAGCAGUACGUCACCCUGAAGACCCGCAUCACGCUGGGUUCUAAAAUCAAGCCGGCACUCAGUUCGCACUACAAGAGCACCAGUCUUCCAACUAGCAUUGCGUCCAUCUGUCAUCCGAACGGUCUCAGAUACGAGGUGUGGGAUUGUACUAGUAUGAGAUGGGCGAUGUCGAACAUAGCGCCAGAUGUCAGGUCCCAUUGCAUCUUGCGACUGCCUGCAGGACCCUACGAGAAGCUUCAAUGGGCGGUAAACACCACGACUCAUACUACGAAUGAAGUGAUGUCCAAGCAGCGCGAGUGUGAUGUGCGUCUAGAGAAGGAGGAGUUUCUCGCUUUCGGUAACCUUCGGGCCGGAGAGAGAGUUCAGAGCAUUAACAUCCUUCGCGAACUUGGAUGCUCUAACCUGGACCACACAAACCCUGCCGUGGCCGUCCUUCUUNUGCAAGCUUUGUGGGAAGCUGGAAGCCCCUCUCCAGAUAAUCUUCGGCAAGGACAUUCGNAAUUCCUCAAUCCUGACUUCCGUCAGAAAUUGCUUACUCUGCUUCGCCGAAGAUUGACAGCUAUCGAAAACAAUUGGAACAAACAAUACAGCAUGAUGACCAUGAUACAGCUUGCCUUACGCCUGCUGUCGUUGACUCCUGACAACGAAACACAGACUGGCUGUCUACUUCUUCUAAGAGAUGCACGAAAGGUCACACUCAAGUGGUGUCACCAACUCGAAGCUCACAUUCACCAAUCCUCAGAUCACGAGGACGUCCAGAACGAUGCUGUUGAACGAUUGCUUCUUGUUGCUCUUCUGUGCUACAGCACCUUCGAUGUCGAGGAACGACAUAUUCAUCAUCUUCUCGCAUCGGCUGAUGACCUUUCAGUCGCAGCCGAGGCACAGGCGAUCGUUUGCGACAGUGCACCGGGCGACAAGAAAACCUUGCCUUCACUUAUACAACAGAGCCUUGUUCGCCACUUCAAGAUAGCUCACAAGUUGGAGCCGUAUGUUCAUCAACUUCUUCCGUUUCAUGGCGCUGGUUUGAACUCAGCUAUUCAUCACAUCUGGAAUGGCGUCAAUCUGGGCCGCAAGUGGACUAUCUUCUGCAGGGCCUCUUCUCCAUGGGUUUCUAAUAAGACAAUCCCCGCCGAGGGCGGCCACAGUCAAAUAGUCUACUUCAACCUCCUCAGUGGCCACAUGCUUGUCGAUGGCAAGUCGGUCGGCAAAGUUCCUGACUACAUCAGAUCGGCUUCCCUAUUCAAACAGAUUUUCGGCUCUUCAGUCCUUCGAGUCUUCGCGUCGGACAUCCCUGGCAUGGAGUGUCGAGUCUCUCAGCAUAUUGAAGGCAAUGAAGUUCACUUGGGCCUACGCGGCCGCGCGAUUAUCAUCAAGGCCCGUGUCAACAAUCGUGUACUGCAAGCUCUGCCACAGUCUACCUUCAGAGACUCAUUGCCGGAUCAUCUUGUCCACUCUUUCCAUCAUUGGCUCGAUGAGUCGACUGGUGAUCUCGAAUUUCGUCCACUUAAACGCCCUUGGGAAAGCGCUAUGAACAACUGGAGGAUGACUUUCUCCAGCCUCAACUUCUCUACAGCUAGAGCGCAACUGCAACUCGGAACGAGGAGUCUUAUCGAACCGAGCAGCAACAUUGGCAAGGGUGUGACAAACAUUCUAAGUGUGCUUGACAAGGCUACAAACUGUCAUAUUACACUCGAUAGCUGCUGUCCUUUCCAGCUUGAAGUUGAGCUUCGGAGGUACAAUCUCCAUUUCGCAGUCACCAUGGAUGGUGAGCUCAGAUCUCUCGAGUUUAAUGCCAUUGUGGACCCUGAUCAGAACGUUGGCACCUUUAUUGGCUUACACAACAAGCUUGUCCUUCGCAGUGCCGCCCCUUCCGGUUGCCCUGAAGAGCGCCAGAUCCUGGUGCCUUUUGGAGAGGUCACAGUCUGCAGGGAUGACACUCACGUCAACGUCAAUGUUCAAGAUGCUGAAGGCUCGAAGCGCCAGCAUUUUGUCUACUCAUUAGAUCGCCAUCUUCGCAAGCUGCGAGGUGCACAAGAUGCCCUCGCCCUUUUGUAUCAAGCAUACCUCCACGCGCUUACCUCAUUCUGCCUGCCCGAUCCCCUCACCGGUAACACGGGUGUCGAAGAGGCCAUCGACAUCCUCAAAGGAGCUUCUCUCUUCACAUCCUCGCCAUUGAACAAGCAGGAAAUUAUCUUGCUUGAAGCUAUUGCAGCCCUAACCCCUUCUCGUGAAUUCUAUCCACAACACCUGAAGGUCAUGCAAAGCGUAACCUGGGAUGCGAACAUACCUGCACACUCUCAGCACGAUGAUUUCGUUCUGGCUGUCCAAGCAAUCGUGGACCACCGCCAAAAGUGCGAGAGAGCUCAUGGACAAAAGAGUAACUGCUCAAUCGAGCGGGGAGAUCAAGCUUUGCUCGAGAGAGCUCGCAAGAGAAACGUGUCUGUCAUGAGGACCGGUAUGGUUACUAAUGCCGCCUGCUCUGCGGAUGACGAUAGAGCGUACAACGACCGAGGUAGAUAUGAGCAAAACAUCCAGGCAGAGAGGGUGCACGAGAUUGCAUCACUUGUGCAAGAUUGGCCUUCUCGUCUCUGCGUCCACUCGGGCGCCGUUUCACUGCUAAGUGGAUGGGAAGUGCGUGGCUAUCAAACUUCUUUUGACUAUGACAAGGUCACUAUGCACCACCUUACCACCAUGAACUUGCCGCCGCACUGGGGAUCGCUGUACAACAUGUGUCGAUUCGCUCAGAAAGCCUCGAUGUUGUAUCCACUGAUGUUUACGUUCUGCGCAAUUGCUUUGGAAGCAAAGCCUGAAGAUUUGGUUCAAAUUCGGACACUGCUUGCAUUCGCUUUCAACAAAGCUUUCCGCACAUUGGAUCCGCCCCUUGACCAUGAUGGGUACAAGUUAGCCAACGGUUCAUCAUCAACUGCAGAAAAGAUCACUGUCGCGGUCAGAAGUAAUGCGAACACGCCUACAUUCCCUCCCAAUGCCAGUGAGGAGCAAUACGAAGAGUACAAGAAGAAGAUGCCUGUGUUUAAUGAGCAGACCGAACGGUACGCUCGCCUUAUUUUGGCACAGUGGCCCAAUGAGACAUUGGUACAACCCGAGGGUUCAUAUACCAUGGUUUACCUUAGUCCUGCUCUAUCUGAAUGCGCAGCACUGUUCUCGGAAUGGCACAAGAAUCGCCGUUUCCUAGCUCAUCUCGGACUUGUUGAUGAGCAGCUCCAGACAAUUCGGUCACCUCUCGUCAGAUACCCUUGGCCUUUCACCUCUCUACAGCAUUCUCCGAUGCGUUAUCAUCCUCAGCCGGCACCGGACCUUCACAGAUUGCUCUCACAGCAUGGGAGAGCAUCCCCUGCAGACAUAUUCCAGACCUGCGUUGCCGCAUCUCCGUUAGUGCUUCAACCUGCCUCGGUGUCGGUGCAUUCCGAGAACGAUGCCUCCUUGACGCGCCUUGCUGAUACACUCUCUGCUCGGCAAAGCUCCACGCACAGAGACUAUGCCUCAACCUUGCGCUCGAGCUUGGAUGCCUUGAGGGCUCACAAGGUAGAAUCGGAUGACCAGAGCUUAUCUCUCAGCAGCCGAGACUUUGAGAUGUAUCAUACUGCCCUGUCAAAAUCGGUCGGAGACAUUCUACAGCACAUCCGCGGUACUUUGGCACCCAGCACAAGUGCCGAGGCUAUGUUAUCCUCUGCCGGUCUGUGGCCGCGAUGCUCCGAAGGAAGUCUUCUGCGCCAUCUCUCUGCCGCCAACAUCUCCAGUCUUGGAUCAUCUUGGAAGACUGUGCUAUUGUUCUUGGCUGAGAGCAUCGCUUCUUUGCAGCGCGCUGAACGCAUGCUCGCACUCCACAAGAAGCAAAAUUACAGGAACCUUCUCAAGGAGCUUCGAACACCAGGUAGAGAGGGCUGGUCCGUGGGAGUACACCCUAGCUGGCUACUUCUCGAAGUCGAGAACAACAUCACCAUUCGUCCUCUUCAAGCCAAAGUUGCAAGGGAGAUGAUGUCUCCGCGGUCAGGGUCUAACUCAGUCAUGCAACUCAACAUGNGGGAGGGUAAGUCCUCUGUCAUUGUGCCGAUGCUGGCUGCCGCUCUUGCUGAUGGGGCUCGCCUGAUUCGCAUUGUUGUUCUUAAGCCCCUAUUGCGUCAAACAGAGCAAGUUCUCUCGCAACGUCUAGGCGGACUUCUAGGACAUCGCAUUUGUCACAUUCCCUUCUCUCGGAAGACCACGAUCAGCAGUGAGACCAUCGGUGGUAUUUCUGAAGUCGUGGAAGACUACCGCAGGAGUCGAGGAGUCAUGAUUGUCCUGCCUGAAGAAAUCCUCUCUAUGAAACUGAUGACUAGAGAGAAGAUGAUUUCUGACAAGUCAUUGGCCGCGAGAAUCCUGGAUCUUCAGCGCUCUUUGGGAACUGUCUGUCGUGACAUUAUCGAUGAGAGCGAUGAGAUUCUUGGCAUCAAGUCUCAACUCAUCUACCCUGUUGGUAGUCAGCACAUGCUUGAUGGUAAGAGCGAUCGCUGGCAGAUAGCUCAAGGCGUCCUUCGACAAGUCAAGGCUCGUGUGAUCGGUCUCUCAGAGCAAUACCCUCUGAACGUGCAUGCAGACCUGAAUGGCAAGUCUUUCCCGGCCAUCAAGAUCCUCAAGCCACAAAUCUUCGAUGAACUGCUUGAAUCUCUUGUCAGCGAUGCCAUUGAGGGCCGACUGGCAGGUGUCUCAUUCGACUACUUCUCCAAUACGACCAGAGACGCUAUCCGUAACUUCAUCCGAUUGCGCGACGUGACCGAGCAAGAUCUUUCGAUCAUCAAACGCGAGUGUGUCACGACGGGGCACUGGGUUGCCAUCCUGAUUUUCAGAGGACUCUUUGCUCACGACCUUCUCUCUUUUGUACUCCAGAGGAAAAGAUGGCUUGUCGAGUAUGGCCUGGAUCUAGAGCGCUGCUUGAUGGCCGUGCCAUAUCGAGCCAAAGGUAUUCCAACUCAGAAUUCUGAGUUUGGUCAUCCUGACGUUGCAGUUCUUCUUACCUGCUUGAGUUAUUACUACACUGGUCUAAGCAUGACCCAGGUUGAGGACUGUUUCAAGAUUCUGCUCAAAGACACAAACGCUCAGGAUAUCUACAAGGGUUGGGCAUUGUCAGGCAACCUGUCUCAGAACCUUUCCUCGCUAGACGCCAUCAACAUUGACGAUCAAGUGCUAUGUAGGGAGUCUGUAUUUCCCAGCCUGCAGUUCAACUUGGAGACUAUCGACUUCUACCUCAACCAGGUGGUCUUUCCAAAGGAGGGCAAGGAGUUUGCUAAACGAUUGUCGGCCUCUGGAUGGGAUAUCCCCUCGCCUUCAAGUUCAUCGAAGCUUCUUACAACUGGAUUCAGUGGAACUAAUGACAGUCGUGUCGUCCUGCCGCAUUCGAUUCAGCAGCAGGAUCUUGAUGAGUUGCUACACACAAACGCCAUGGUACUAGACCUUAUUCUCCGAAAGGAAAACCAAAACUACAUCCAUAGCGCUGGCGAGAAAGGCAAGAAGCUAUCGGUCGAAGAACUACUCUCACUUGUAUCGAAGCAGAGCCCUGUGAUCAACGUGUUGAUUGACGUAGGCGCUCAAGUUCUGGAAGCUACAAACCUCCAGCUCGUACAAAGAUGGCUCCAGUACAGGACUGAUGCAAAGGCAGCUAUCUACUUCGAUGACCGAGACGAAGCCAUGGUUUUGGAUCGCAGCGGUGCCACGACUCCUCUCAGAAUUUCCCCACUGUCGGGCAAGCUUGACGAUUGCUUGUUCUACAUCGACGAAGUACACACUCGUGGCAUUGAUUUGGCCAUCCCUAUGGGCGCUCAUGCGGCGGUCACCCUGGGUCCUCGGCUUGUGAAGGACCGUCUUGCGCAAGCUUGCAUGCGCCUCAGAAAUCUCGGUAAUGGCCAUUCUCUGUGCUUCGUAUCGCCCACUGAAGUACACAGAAGUAUAUGUGACCUCAAGGGCUGCGAGGACUCUGACGAGCUAACUUCCUUUGACGUCUUGGCUUGGUGCAUGGAACAGACUUGCCAGUCUCUGGAUAUUGCUCGACCUUUACGAGCAAUGCAUGGUCUUGAGCACGUGCGUCAACAAAAAGUCCUGCACAGGUUUCUUCCUGCCACUUCUGCGUCCAGCAAGCUCAUCAGCGACGACUACCAGAUUCAGCGUUUCUGGCGAGAGAUCCAGGAAGACGAGUCGCGUAGCUUGGAGCUUCUCUACGGUGUGCACGAGGAACGUAUCGGUGCCUUCAAGCGCCUCCUUGAUCGCAAGUCUACGAAUUCGACUAUGCAACACCUUGUUACAGAAUAUGAGUCGAUGAACAAGACUCGUUUGGAGGACUGUACUGUAGACAACGAGCAAGAGCGCGAGCUCGCUCAUGAGAUUGAGAGACAACGACAAGUCGAAAGACCUAGGGCAGCCAAAGCAUGUAAGCCCAACGUGAGCAAGGGACUGGCUCAUUACAUCGAAACCGGUACAGACGCAGCCUUCAACAACAGCGCGGUGAAACACGCCUUCACAAUCUUCACCGACACGAGCGCUCAGGAGGCUAUGAAGAAACAACAAGUCAGAGCAGCCCACUUCGUCGACUUGUAUGUCAGCCAUGACUAUCCACGCACCGUAACCUUGACAGACAAACAUCCUCUUGAUGAUUAUCUCAGACCUGUCAACUGGGUAUUGAGCAGCUCCGAACACAACAAGCUCUUGGUCAUCAGCCAGCACGAAGCUGACGAGCUCAUGCCCAAUAUCAGAGACUCUACCAAUGUCCGUUUGCACACCUUCGCACCCCGACUCAAUAAGGCAAUGGUAUCUUUCAACGACAUGAACUUCUACACUAUUGGUGCACCUUCUGAAGGCUCCUCCUGCUCUGCUACUACCGUCCGCAACCUCAAUCUCUUCGCGGGCUCGCUCUACUUGGAAACCGCAGCCAUUUACGACUCUCUCCGCUGCUUCCUGGGUCUGGUCUCGCAGUCGCGUCGUGGCGGAGACUUUGCAGUCAAUAGCGAUGGUUACGUGAACGAUGAGAUCCGCGAGGCUCUCGGCUGGCCUGAGGCUUGUCCUUUCUUUGCGUCGCCCUUGCCAUUCUUGAAAGAAGUCUGCUCGCUACGCAGAGGAGGUAAGGGAUUUGCGCAGACACACAUGGGUCAUCUGUUUGAAGGUAGGGCAUUGCGCCAGGAUGCUUUCGAUGGCUGUAAUGAUGGAAGCGAUAAGUCCGAGAGCGAGAGUUAG